GUUCACUACUAAGCGUUACUUUCCUUCGUGCCGUUAUCCCGUACGCAACUCUCCGCAGUCUUGGUCUGUUGCAUGGCGACGACAAGCACGAACAGCAAUCCUUAACGUGACGUGAUUUCACAAGCAGGCGUUGGCAUUGCACUAGUUCUAGUUUUAGUCCUAGCUUGUAGAGAUAGUUAUAUGGGAGCCAGUCCUUGUGACUGGUCUUCCGCCUCGAUGCCAAUACACACACUGGAUGCUUUUAUUUUUACGUCUCGCCAGGGCUGUCGGGUUUCAUCACCCGCUGUAUGACACGUCCUGCUGGGGGGAUCUCACGGACCAUGUUGGUGUUCUGUUAUCUUUAUCUGGCCUGCUAAAUUUUCGCUCUGGCUCCAGUUUUUGGCGCCUGAACGCGUCUUUGCUCAACGACCCCGAAAUUAAAAACGACGUAAAAAAAUGGCUUGCGGAUGUUUGUUCCGCGCCCGAUUUCGGGGGGCCUAGUCACAGGGAGGCUCUAAAGCUGGAUGCAGCACACCGUUUUCGGCGUUGGGGCAGACAGCGCGCGCAGGUGUUAGCUGUGCUUCGCCACCCUGACUCACGCAGUCCUGAAUCUGCGUCCGAUAUCGAGGACGUGCGGAGGCGCCUAGCCUCUUUGCGAAUGCAGUCCUGGCGCAAAUUUGUUGCGCAACGCAAUGUGGUGCGCUGGUGCCGGGAGGCAUAUUGCUCCCGAAUGUUACUCAAGCGCUAUGUGGCAGAAAAUCCGGACUUCGGAAUUACUGAGGUCAACUGACGGCUCAAUUCUGACUGAUCCCGGUGACAUUCAGGAAGCAAUGCGUGAGCAUUGCGCGGCCCUUUAUCAGGAGUCACCUCACGACGAGCCUGUUGUCAGCCGAGAGUGCCCACUGCCGGCGAAACAAAUGGAGCAUGCUGACUCAGAGCCACUCACGCAAAAUGAAGUUUUUACGUCUAUCCCCUCAAUGACGAGCGGAAAGUGCCCUGCCAUUGAUGGCCUCCCAGUUGAGUUUUACAAGCGCUUCUGGAGUGUGAUUGGUUCUUGCAUGACUCGGGUUUUUAACAUCUGCUUCAGGGGUUGCUAUGCCCCAGCAUGCAGAAUGGUGUUGUUGUUGUUCUGUGCAAAGACAAGUCUCGAGAACUGGACCCAGAUGCUUAUCGUCCGAUUACUUUACUGACGAGCGAUUAUAAGAUCUUAGCUAAAACUCUUCUAUUGCGCGUUUCACCUCUGUUGGAGAAGAUGUUACAUAUCCUUGCCAAGCAUGUUCCGUCCCCGGCAGGUCCUCAGACCUUCAUAGAAUCGCUCUUCGUGAUGCCAUCCACUGGAUUAACAGUGGUCAUGCACCCGCUGUGCUGACGUCAUUCGAUCAGUCCAAGGCAUUUUAUCGUGUGCAACACGCAUACCUGUUUUCUCGGCUGAAGGCGUAUGGGUUCGCCGUUGCUUGGGUCAGGUAUGUGGCAACGUUGUGUAGGGGCGCUAGAAGCGUUGUCUCUGUCGCUGGCGGGCUGUCGUCCCCCCCUUUGACGUAACUUGUAGGGUCCGUCAGGGGGGAAGAAAAAAAAAGUCUAACCGUAACAAAUUUAUCACGAACAAUAGAUCUACUUCAAUCACAUUUUGACUAGAACAAGCAGUGAAAGCCCGUUAUCUGUGCACAGUAACAUGGUGCACACGUUGUACCCUCAGAGGGAAUUUUUACAGAGGGCAUAGUUGUCAUGCGCAAAAAAGACCCCGGCAAGCGGAUGAGGGGCAACGGCCCCCUUGCCUUCCUUCGCGGUGCCCAUGGGGAUCAACGUAAUACUAUCACGAAUGAAUGAAAACAACAACAAUAAUAAUGACAGCAUAAGAGUCACAAAGCUCAAGCGUUUUCUACACGUCUCCUUUUACCAAUGUAUUGCAUUCGUUCAGCAACGGUGAGGAGAUUUUCAUGUACCAACAUACUCACUUAUCGAAGGGCUUAUCUCCAUCCUCCUCUUUUGCGUUUGUCAGGCACUCCUCGCAGAAGAAAUCAGAGCCUGCCUUUCGCUUCCUUCGCUUCUUGUCACCGUCUUGCAAAACUUAGGUGCUGCAGAGUAACGCCACACCGCGCUCGUUUGAGAUCUUAUCAACAGAGAACAACGACACGCGCUUCAAAAACGGAGAUCCCAGACUCUGAUGCCAUGGCAGUUGAAUACUCGCGGGGCCAAGACCGGCAGAAUAAGUGCGCGAAACCAUUUGAGCUUCGCGCUCCGCAGCGGAACUGAUCGGAACACGGAACGCGCGCGGGAUAUCGGCGCGCCGGCGUGGCGUCAGCGCGCGAAGAAAUGACGGCGCGCGGCCUCGCGCCGCUGAUGCCGCCGUCGCCGGUGGGCUCUACGCCGCUGCCGGUCAAAGUGGCAUCGGCGUACAGGUCUAAGACAAUAAGAAAUGCAUGAGAUGAGAAUUUGCUUUUCUUCUUUCUCUGUUUUUCUACAAAGAGAUAGCAUUUGAAAGAAAUAAGGGUGAGACUUCGGGCGAAUGGCUAUCAUUUUGCAAAGUUUGAAGCGCCACGGACGGACUCGAUCGAAAUGUGUAACCUUUGCUAAAUUCACCCCGUAUAUUAUUUGACAUUCUUUAGCAAAGCAAAGACUGCAUGUGCAAAAGCAUAUAUACGCAUUCAGGAUCACAUAAUCGCGAUGCACUCCCAUAUCAUGCCGUUGCAACCUGCUGAACCGAAACUGAAACUUUACACAGCGUAGGAUUGGCAUGUAGUGGCUUCAAAGUUGUCUAUGAAAGUGCCAGGCUAGUCAAAUCUAGUCAAAUCCUGCAACAGAACGGAAAUCUCUUUGCUGCGCGGUAGCAACAAAUUUGAACUAUUUCAACAAUUCAAAAACAACUUAACCACAGCUUGGACAUGGAAAUGCCAAGGCUGACGCCUCCUGACUCCGAGUACGGAAGCUUGAGCAAGUUCGAGAUCGACAAGGAAAUUGGAAGAGGCCAGUUUAGCAUUGUUUAUAAGGCGCACUGCAAGAUGAGUGAUGAGAAAGUUGCAUUAAAAAAGAUACGUAUUUGCGAAAUGGUUGAUGCCAAAGCAAGACUUGAUUGCAUGAAAGAGAUUGCUCUUCUUCAACAACUGGACCACCCGAACGUAAUCAAAUACCUCGCUUCGUUUAUUGAAGACAACGAACUGAUAAUUGUCUUGGAGCUCGCUGAUGCAGGUGACCUCUCACAAAUGAUUAAGUACUUCCGAGACCGGAACUCUUUGAUCUUGGAGUCUGCUAUUUGGAAGUAUUUUGUGCAGGUGUGUAGUGCCGUGGAACACAUGCACUCCAAGAGGAUUAUGCACAGAGAUAUAAAGCCAGCGAAUGUCUUUGUCACGGCUCAGGGUGUCGUCAAAUUGGGCGACUUGGGCUUGGGACGGUUUUUCAGCUUCAAGACAAGCGCAGCAAAUACGAUGUUGGGUACACCGUACUACAUGUCCCCCGAGCGGAUACGUGAGCAGCCGUAUGAUUUCAAGUCCGACGUCUGGUCCCUAGGGUGCUUGCUGUAUGAGAUGGCAGCACUGCAGUCGCCCUUUGCAAGCGACAAGACAAGCUUCUUCUCCCUGUUUGAAAAGAUCAUGAAGAGCAACUACCCUCCUAUUCCCAGUGACGUAUACGGGGACGACCUGCGAUCCUUGGUGUCAGAGUGCACAAAACCGAAUCCUGCCAAGCGGCCAAGUGUCAAGUACGUGCACAGGAUUGCUAAGGAGAAGACCAAUGGAUUCUUCCCUCUUGAUGCCAAAUGAACGAAAACUUUUAUUGGAAAACGAAUCUCCCUAGGGCUGCAACCAAAGAAUAUUUUUCUACCCGUUUUAUUAUUAUAUUUGUUUUUUUUACCUGGCACUUUUUGCAGCGUUCCGUUGUCAUUUACUAUUUACAUCUUAGUCGAACCUCACGAUUGACACAGUUUUGUGUCUGAACUUGUGCAAUAUUUUGAUGUCCAUAUACUAUUUGUAAUAAAUGUUACAUUUUUAUUCUAGA